UCUCGGUGCCUCAUUAUCAUUAUCAUUAUCAUUAUCAGCACCAUCCUCAUUCUUAACACUUCUACACUCCUCGCCAAUUCUCUUUCUCGUCAAAAUAUCUUAUCUUCUUGCUUCGCUCAUCGCUCAUUCCUUCCCCUUUUAUCUGAUCCUUUUCUUGUCGGUUCCUCCAAAUCCCUUUUUUAUUUUCUUCUUUACUUUAAUGAUCUCAAUUGCCUUUACUUCAAGCUCUCAUUUCCUAACCAAAUUCUCGCUCACUUUAGAUAAUUAAUUGAAAAUUCAGAAAUCCUGAAUUCUCAUAACCGUUUUAUUGCCGGGUACUUACUAGCCGUGAUCUGUGGAGUUUUGAGCUCUUGAUCUUUCUUUUUGGACAAUUUUAUCAGGUGUGAAAUGGCGUCUCUGCAAGGACCAGUUUUUUGCCCUGCUGUGCGUGCAAAACAAGCUGGAAUUUACACUUUGCCCUUGAAUGUUCCUUUGGUUAAGGCUACUAGGCUUGUUAAAACUGGAUUAUGGAGAUUCAAGGAUGUCACUAAUUACAAAACUAAAUUGCCUGCACAACAAGGGCGUAUUUCAAUACAGUGCUGUUUGAGUUCAUCUUCAAAUGGUAAUGGAAGCACUGCCGAGAAUUUUAAUGAGAAUGAUGAAGAUUAUGUCAAGUCUAGUGUAGUUGAAGCUGUUGAGGUGAAGAGUGGAGCAGAUGGUUUCAUGAUUAAAAUGAGGGAUGGGAGACAUUUAAGAUGUGUCCAUAAUAACCCUCAAGGCGGGCAUUUGCCAGACUAUGCUCCACAUCCUGCUAUCGUAUUGAAGAUGGAAGACGGAACUGGUUUACUCCUCCCAAUAAUUGUCUUGGAGAUGCCCAGUGUGUUGCUUAUGGCUGCUGUGCGCAAUGUACAAAUUGCAAGACCAACUCUGUAUCAAGUAGUGAAGGAAAUGAUUGAGAAGAUGGGAUAUGAAGUCAGACUUGUUAGAGUUACCAAGAGGGUGCAUGAGGCAUAUUUUGCUCAAUUAUUUCUUACUAAGGUGGGCAAUGAGGCAGAAUGUGUAAGCUUUGAUCUUCGUCCUUCAGACGCCAUCAAUAUUGCUGUGAGAUGCAAGGUACCAAUUCAAGUCAACAAGUACCUGGCAUACAGUGAUGGGAUGAGAGUGAUUGAAUCUGGAAAGCUAACUCAUUCUCCUGGUUCAGAUGGCUUAUUAUUUACUGAACUAGAUAGGCCAACUGGUCAGCCAUGUCUUGAUACCAAGGAGUUUAAUCUUGUGUCCAACAUGACGAAUGCAGUGAUUGAGGAACGUUACCAAGAUGCUGCUCAAUGGAGGGACAUGCUUGGACAAUUCCGUGCCAAAAGGAACUUGAAGAAAUAUACAUGACAGUUGCUCCUUGCCAACCUGUAUAUAGAAACCAUUGUUGGAAGCUGACGAGGUCUGCGGUCUGCCACGUACGGCUGUAACCAGUCGUUUCAUUUUCUCUUGUUACCAAUGUGUAUGUAGCAAGUUUGUGAAUAUUAUAUGUAUAUUUAUAGUAUAAAUAAUGUGUAGAUAAAAUUUGCUUAUGAACUUGAAGCAAUUAACUAUGUAUUGUUAAUAUCCGCUUAUUAUUCUGCUGUGGAUGCUGAAAGUAUAUAAAUUUAUGUUUAGACUA